CGAGAGCGAUACAAUCUUUGCAGUUUGUACGCUGAGAUGUGGAGAAAAGCAGUGUUUUCAACAUCUUUCAGAGCUUUCUCUUCAUCCUCUACAACUGAAAUCCCCACCCUUUACUCUUUUCUUCAACCUUCAAUUUUUGCCUUAAGACCAAACGAGCAAUCAAAACAAACCCAGGACUCUACAAAUUCUCAAACCAAAACCCUAACUGAAGACCAAAAAAACACUCUAGAAACCACCCUUGAGAAAUCCCUUGUCACCCAAAACAUCGAUGAAGCCUGGAAAUCAUUUAAAAUCCUCACCGCUUGCUGCAGUUUUCCCAGUAAGCCCCUCACGAACUCCCUUAUUACCCACUUAUCAUCCUUGAAAGACACCCAAAAUCUGAAAAGGGCAUUUGCCUCUGUGGUUUUUGUGAUCGAAAAGGACCCAAAGUUGCUGUCUUUCGAAACCGUGACUACCCUUUUGAGUUCCAUGAGUGUGGCCAACACCGCCGCCCCUGCUUUUGCUCUUGUAAAAUGCAUGUUCAAGAACAGGUAUUUUGUCCCUUUUGGCUUGUGGGGUAAUAUACUUGUUGAUAUUAGUAGGAAAAGUGGUAGACUUGUUGCGUUUUUGAGGGUUUUUGAGGAAUCUUGUAGGAUUGCAAUUGAUGAAAGGUUGAAUUAUUUGAAACCUGAUUUGGCUGCUUGUAAUGCUGCUCUAGAAUGUUGCUGCUAUGAACUUGAAUCGGUUUCGGAUGCUGAAAAAGUAGUGGCAACUAUGUCUGUCUUAGGUAUUCGGCCAGAUGAAUCUAGUUUUGGUUUCCUUUCAUAUUUGUUUGCAUUGAAAGGGCUUGAAAAGAAGAUAGAUGAGCUAGAAAAUCUUAUGUCCGAAUUCGGCUUUUCAAAUAAACAAGUGCUUUACAAUAGCUUGAUUGGUGGGUACGUUAAGUCGGGCUACAUAGACUUAGUUUCAGCUACGAUUUUGCGUAGUUUGAGGGAAGGUAAUGGGAAAGAUUUGCAUUUCAAUGAUGAAACUUUUUGUCAAGUGGUUAAAGGGUAUAUUCAGAAUGGAGUUGUGAAGAGUUUAGCUAGGUUGAUCAUUGAAGCUCAAAAGUUGGAGUUUCAUGUGCUUGAGGUUGACAAGUCUAUUGGAUAUGGCAUCAUUAGCGCUUGUAUUAAUCUCGGUUUAUCAGAUAAGGCACAUAGCGUUGUUGAUGAAAUGAAUGCUCAGGGUGGUUCCGUGGGGCUUGGAGUGUAUGUGCCUAUCUUAAAAGCUUACAGCAAGGAUCUUAGAACUGCCGAAGCAACUCAAUUAGUAAUGGAUAUUAGUACUUCAGGGCUUCAGUUGGAUGCAGGAAUGUAUGACAUGCUAAUAGAAGCAUCGAUGACGAGUCAGGAUUUUCCAUCUGCUUUUACAUUGUUUAGGGAUAUGAGAGAUGCAAGGAUACAUGACUUGAAAGGGAGUUAUCUUACUAUAAUGACGGGUCUGAUGGAGAACCAAAGACCCGAAUUGAUGGCCGCAUUCCUAGAUGAAGUUGUUGAAGACCCUCGCAUUGAAAUAAAAACUCAUGACUGGAACUCAAUUAUUCAUGCUUUCUGUAAAGCUGGGAGGUUGGAAGAUGCUAGGAGGACUUUCAGAAGGAUGACUUUCCUGCAGUUUGAGCCAAAUGAUCAAACAUAUUUGUCCCUCAUUAAUGGUUAUGUGACUGCAGAGAAAUAUUUCAGUGUUUUGAUGCUAUGGAACGAGAUUAAAUGGAAAAUUUCGGGUGAUAAAGGGAAGGGCAUCAAGUUUGAUCACAACUUGGUUGAUGCGUUCCUAUAUGCUCUCGUUAAAGGAGGUUUCUUCGAUGCAGUGAUGCAAGUCGUGGAGAGGUCUCAAGAAAUGAAAAUUUUUGUGGAUAAGUGGAGGUACAAGCAAGCAUUCAUGGAGAAGCAUAAGAAGCUUAAAGUGUCAAAGUUGAGGAGGAGGAGCUUCAGGAAGAUGGAGGCACUUAUUGCUUUCAAGAACUGGGCUGGUUUGAAUGCAUAAAUAUCGGUAGUAUUUCUGAAACUGAGAGAAACAUCAAAGCUGACGGAGUUCUACUUGUCUCAAGGCAUCAAUAUCACCAUGAACUUUGUGCUACUUUGUUCACUUGAAAUAUGUAGAUGUCCUGGAAACUCGAAGCUCACUUGAAAUACUGAGAUGCCUAGAAACCAGAAGCCUUAUUUGGGAGGAAACAUCUCCUGGUCUUCUAUCAAUUUAUUCUAUACCAUAGUCGAUAGGUGAAUCGGUGAAUUACAUUUCCUUCUUUUAGAAUAU